UCCAUUUCUUUCUGAAUCUUGACAGUUCCCAUGAAGGGCCAAGUGUGUGUGGUAACUGGUGCCUCUAGAGGAAUCGGUCGUGGCAUCGCCUUGCAGCUCUGCCAAGCGGGAGCCACAGUGUACAUCACUGGCCGCUAUAUGGACACACUCCGGGCCACUGCUGAGGAGGCACAAUCCCGAGGAGGCCGAUGUGUGCCCGUGGUGUGUGAUUCAAGCCAGGAGAGCGAAGUGCGAAGCCUGUUUGAGCAGGUGGACCGUGAGCAGCAUGGGCGCCUGGAUGUGCUAGUCAACAAUGCCUAUGCCGGGGUCCAGGUGAUCCUCAACAACAAGAAAGCGUUCUGGGAAAGCCCCACCUCCUUGUGGGAUGACAUCAACAAUGUCGGACUCAGAGGCCACUACUUGUGCUCCGUGUAUGGGGCACGGCUGAUGGUACCAGCUGGCCGAGGGCUCAUCGUGGUCAUCUCCUCCCUUGGGGGACUGCAGUAUGCCUUCAACGUUCCCUAUGGUGUGGGCAAAGCUGCGUGCGACAGACUUGCUGCUGACUGCGCCCAUGAGCUGCGACACCAUGGGGUCAGCUACGUGUCUCUGUGGCCGGGGCUGGUGCAGACAGAACUGCUAAAGGAGCACAUAGCCAAGGAGGACACUACUGAGGAUCCCCUGAUGAAGCAGAUCAAAUCUGUUUUCUCAUCUGCGGAGACCACGGAAAUGAGUGGCAAAUGUAUUGUGGCUUUGGCAACAGACCCUGAUAUCCUGAGCCUGAGUGGGAAGGUGCUGCCAUCCUGUGACCUUGCUCGACGCUACGGCCUCCAGGAUGUAGAUGGCCGCCCCGUCCCAGAUUUUCUGUCAGUGAGUUCUCUUCUCACCCACGUCCCCAGCCUGAGUUGGCUGGCCUCCUACUUGCCGGGCUUCCUCCGCAUGCCCAAAUGGAUCAUGACCCUCUAUGCUAGCAAAUUCUAA